AUACUUUCCAUUGCAUAUGGUCAGGAAAACCGUGGUAUGGCAGUCUGUAGCAAGUCAAAGUUGCCUGUGCUUGUAGCUUUGGUUUGUUUCGUUUCAAUUCCUCUGUAUUUUGCUGUACUCAAGGCCUCUGUUGACGGCGGAUAUUCUAAAUGGUCUGAAUGGAGUUCAUGCUCAAGUGAAUGCGGUGAUGGGAAGAAAAAAAGAACAAGAAACUGCUCGGAUCCAAAACCUGGUUAUCUGGGUAAAACGUGCUUACAACAAAACCUUGGCCCAUGGCGCGAGGAAGAAAAUUGUAAAGAUAAAGAAUGUCCCAUCGAUGGAGGGUUUUCGGAAUGGACUCCGUUCUUAGCUUGUGACAAAACUUGUGGAGAUGGUGUUAAGAAGAGAACUCGCUCAUGUACGAACCCGCCGCCACUGUAUGGUGGAAAGAAUUGUGAAGGUGUAGCGGAAGAGACGGAGGCUUGCAAUGUUAAGCCGUGUCCAGUUGAUGGGGGGUUUUCACCAUGGGGAAAAUUCGGCGAGUGUGACAAAACGUGUGGUUCAGGUGUUAGAAAACGAUCAAGAACGUGCACAAAUCCACCGCCAGCUAAUGGAGGAAAGGAUUGCGAGGGGCCGCUGACGGAGGAAGAAAAAUGCAAUACCCAGCCUUGCCCUGUUGACGGCGGGCUCACGGAGUGGAGCGAGUUUGGAGCGUGCGACAAAACCUGCGGUGGCGGAGUGCAAAAACGAACGAGAACUUGUUCAAACCCAGCUCCAGCGAAUGGAGGAAAGAAUUGUGAUGGACUUCUGGAGGAGACAAGGGCAUGCAAUUCAGAUCCUUGUCCAAACGACGUAAGCCAGGAAAAAACUAAUUAG